GUCAAGACCCAAAGACAAUUGUUCCCCAUCGACACUCGGACGUUGAACCUGGACGCAAUGGCCUCGAUAUCGUCACCAACGCAGCUCGCGACCUUCCAGAACGCCCAGGCGUCUUCUUCUCGCCUCCCCCAUGUCCAGCUCGCACCAGUCCACGGGAGUCGCGGAAGACUGGCAGUCGCCGCAGUGAACGCGGAUGGAGUGUGGACCUACGACAUCAAGACGUUGCGACCAACGGCAACUUACACCGUUCCUCCGUCGACAGGAUUCACGAGCGCGCCUCUGAGCUUUAUCCCAGGCGACGACGACGAGGCGCGAGUGACAGUGGUUGGAGCUACAUCUGAGAAGGAAGGCGGGGCAAUUUGGAUCUGGGUUGGGGAGGAGGACAAGCGGAGCGUCAAGGCUGGCGUGGUUGCGAUCCACGGGUGUAUGUGGCCACUGCUCGUUGUGGGAGGCACCGGCGCGCUGUUUCUCCUCGACGCUGAGCUACAGCUCUCCGCACUCACUACGCCCAAACCGAAGGCUGGCAAGGUACUUUCCAGUGCGCUGGUAGGGUCACGCGCUGUCAUCGUCGAUGACCGUGGCAAAAUUACAGUGUACGCACUCGACUUGGAGGCAGGCUCGGCAAGUCUACUUGCGGAGGUGACAGCUGCGAGCUCCUACCUCGCAGCCAGCGCAGGUGAAGUCAUCGCAGCCAUCGACUCCAAUCACCGUCUUCACGCACGCAAGCUGUCUGAAAUUCUGGAGAACGCAGAUGAGUCGCCUGGAAUCGCCAUCGCCAAUCCCACAACACCUCUGGGCGUCCUUUCGCUUCCCUACGAAAGGCCUCUUGCCGCCCUCACGACGUCUCACGAUGGUGCAGGGGUCACAAUCGUGUCGGCCUCGGCGGACUUGCCUGCUGCGCUGGCCACGAGUCAUCUCUCGACUGGCGGAUCGCAAGUGACAAACUUAGCCGUGUUAUCAACCUUCCCCCUCGUUCUCGGCGCGGUGCAAACGCACGCAGGGACUAAUGGGCGGAGCAUCAUUCAUACGAUGGACGUAACCCUUCCGCCACGUCUUGGCCUUGCCCAGCUUCUGGGGAGUGCCACUGCGACGGCUGACGUCCUCCGUCUGGGUCACCAGGCUUCGGGUGGUGCCGAUAAACUCCUGGAUGCUGUCUCAUCCGCUCUCAAGGCGGGUGAGGCGGCCCGCGCAGAGAACACAUUCACGACCUGGCUCGAGGAUGAGGAGAAGCGCGCUCCAGGCCGCCGCUUCGUAAUUCCGGAGAGCGUUGCCCGGCGGCUCGUCGACAUGGUGCUCGUUAACAAGCCGUACGCCGGCAAAAUCAUCCAUACUCUCAUUGACAGGCGUCAACUGCAUGAGGACAUGCGCGAAGGCGGCGUCGUCACGGCUCUUCUUCCGCUCGACCGGCUCGCCGUCUCUCGUCUCUUGCGCAAGAAUCCUGCGCUACCCGCGCGCUCGGUUGUGGCCCUUCUGGUUGUCGACGACAAGGUGCUCGAAUCCGUCGUUUCCGGUCCCGCACCUGACCCGUCAUACCGAGCCGAGCUGAAGCGGCAGCUCAACGCGGACGCUGCGUGCCGCAUGCUGGUACAGCUCACCGCCUGGGCUGAAGCCCACGCCACGCGUGACGAUGGUCUUGGCUCCUGGCUUGAAAAGCAGCCCAAGUCCAGCUUGCCCCCUCUCACUGCCGUUGUCGCACACGCAUCUGCUCUUCUUGACGCUCACCUCCCUAGCCUCCUCGAGAAGGAAGAUGAGCUCACGCGCCUUUCGGAGGCCAUCGCUCCCGUUAUCGCUGCGCAGACCGACUACCGCCGUCUGCGGGCACCAAUCGAUGCCACAUUGCGCGCACAUGCAGCAAAGAAGGAGGAGGCGGGCACCGAUAACCGCCGCAGGCAGUACAAGCAGGACAAGAUGGCCGACGAGGCGUUUGGCAAGUGGCGCGUGGAGGAUUUCGUUUUCUAGAUGCAUGAGUUUACGCG